AUGGGUCCCGCUCCUAAUCAAAAUUAAAUCACACCGAAAGUUAUCACAGCUUCAAAAUUCAUCCUUAAAUUCAAAAUCAGGCUCCCGAAUCGAUAUUUGAAACUGAUAAGAGCCCGUUCUGGUUUUUGAAUUCCAACGCUGAAUUGAAUCGAGAGGAUUUUGUCGAUCGAUUUCCAAAGAUGAAGACCGGGUCGGGUCCCAAAGAGUAUCAGGAAUGGUUCAAUUUGGCUGAUUCAGACGGAGAUGGACGAAUCUCUGGAAACGAGGCCACUAAGUUCUUCGCUCUCUCCAACUUGUCACGCUCGCAACUCAAACAGCUCUGGGCUCUCGCUGAUGUCAAACGACAGGGGUUUUUGGGUUUUCCGGAGUUCGUUACUGCAAUGCAGUUGGUUUCGCUGGCGCAAGCAGGGCAAGAACUUAACUCAGAUAUUUUCAAAACUCAAGUUGAUAAGGAAAAUAUUAAACCUCCUACAUUGGAAGGACUGGAUGCUUUAGUAGCACAAAAGAGUUUAAUAAUUAGUACCCCGCCCGAACUAAAUGGGAUUGCUCAGCCACAAGGGUUUCCAACUAAUCGGUGGUUUGGUUCAAAAUCUUCAAAAAAAUUACCUCUCAAUUCAGUUACAUCAAUCAUUGAUGGCUUGAAGAGAUUAUAUAUCGAGAGGUUAAAGCCCUUGGAAGUUACCUACCGAUAUAAUGAUUUUGUGUCUCCAUUGUUGACCAACACUGAUUUUGAUGCUAAACCCAUGGUCAUGCUCCUGGGUCAAUAUUCAACAGGAAAAACUACAUUUAUAAAACAUUUGUUAAGAUGUGACUAUCCAGGAGCACAUGUUGGACCAGAGCCUACCACUGAUAGAUUUGUUGUUGUCAUGUCUGGACCUGAUGAGAGGAGUAUUCCUGGGAAUACCAUAGCUGUUGAUGCUGACAUGCCUUUCAGCGGCUUGACAACAUUUGGAGGUUCUUUUUUAUCAAAGUUCCAAUGUUCUCAAAUGCCACAUCCUCUGUUAGAUGAAAUAACACUUGUGGACACUCCUGGAGUGUUGUCUGGAGAGAAACAAAGGACUCAACGAAGCUAUGAUUUCACUGGUGUCGUGUCUUGGUUUGCUGCAAAAUGUGAUCUCAUUCUUCUCCUGUUUGAUCCUCAUAAACUAGACAUCAGCGAUGAGUUCAAACGCGUAAUCACGUCUUUACGUGGUAAUGAUGACAAGAUACGAGUGGUUUUGAAUAAGGCAGAUCAAGUUGAUACUCAACAACUUAUGAGAGUGUAUGGAGCAUUGAUGUGGUCAUUGGGGAAAGUUCUAAAUACUCCCGAAGUUUCACGUGUAUACAUUGGCUCAUUUAACGAUAAGCCUAUGGAUGAAGACUGCGUAAGUCCAUUAGUGCAGGAUCUGUUUGAGAAGGAACAAAAUGAUCUGCUUGCAGAUUUGAUAGAUAUUCCAAAGAAGGCAUGCGAUCGCCGGAUCAACGAAUUUGUGAAACGUGCUAGAUCUGCUAAAAUUCAUGCGCAUAUAAUUAGCCACCUUAAGAAGGAGAUGCCUGCAAUAAUGGGCAAAGCCAAGGCUCAACAGAGACUUAUUGACAAUCUUGAGGAAGAAUUUACAAAGGUCCAAAGAGAGUUUCAUCUACCUGCUGGUGAUUUUCCCAGUGUUGAACACUUCAGAGAAGUUUUGAGUGGUUAUAGCAUCGACAAAUUUGAGAAACUAAAGCCCAAAAUGAUUCAAGCCGUUGAUGACAUGCUUGGAUAUGAAAUACCAGAGCUUUUAAAGAAAUUCAGAAAUCCUUAUGAUUAAAAUAGAAAAUGUUAUGCUGUCAUGUACGUUUGCAAUUGUGUAAGUUUUUUAAUGGUCAGUAUUGGUGGAUAGUGAAUGGUUUCAUUCACUUUGCAAUUGGAUGCAUUUGUCCUAAACGUUUUGUUGACUUAGAAUGAGGGGUACAGCA